CCCUUCCUUCUAUACUAGUCCUAGUUCUCAAACUCCCACAAAGAAAAUCCCAUUUACUCUCUUUCUUAGUUUCUCUAUCUCUUUCUUAACUCCCAACUUCUUUCAUCCUGUCUUGAAUCAUCUCUCUUCUGGUUUCAAUGGAAGGCACUCUGGGAUUACUUGGAGGUGGGUCUUCUGGGUGCUCAACUAAUGAGUCAGCAAUGUCAAAGGUGGAUCAUCAGGUGGUGGAGCAAGACUAUGUGGGCAUGUCAUCUGAGGUGUCUUCUUACCCAGCUGAGCUUGAGCUGGGCCUCAGCCUCGGUGGUGGUGCUGCACAGAAGCCUAAAGGGUGUGCAUGGGGUGAGCGUGGAAGAAUCUUGACUGCUAAAGACUUCCCUUCCAUGGUGUCUCAUGGUUCUGCAAGAUUCUCACAGAGAGCAAGCAAUGCUUCCAAUGUUUCUGGGAAUAAGAGGGCUGCUGAAGAAGGUGGAUCUCCCACUGCUGUAAGUCAAGUUGUGGGAUGGCCACCGAUCAGUGCUGCAAGGAUGAACAGCUUGGUUAACCAGGCAAAGGCUGCAAGGUCUGAAGAUGACAAGACAAAGGACAAAUCUAAGGACACUUUUAAGAAGAAAAUGAAUACUGGUAAUAAUAAGUCAACUGUGAAAGAGAAAGGUCAUCUGGGAUUUGUGAAGGUCAACAUGGAUGGGAUUCCUAUAGGGAGGAAAGUGGAUUUAAAUGCUCGCACUUGCUAUGAGACUUUAGCUCAAACACUUGAGGAAAUGUUCUUCAGCAACACUACUAUUAUGAAUUCAAUCGGUGGAGACAAGGAACAAGCAACAAAACUCUCAAGGCUUCUGGAUGGAUCCUCUGAGUUUGUACUCACUUAUGAAGAUAAAGAGGGAGAUUGGAUGCUUGUUGGAGAUGUCCCUUGGAGGAUGUUCAUCACCUCAGUUAAAAGGCUUCGAAUCAUGAGGACAUCUGAAGCCAAUGGACUUGGUAUGCAAUUGUAAAAAAAUCAAGCUCCGAGAUUUCAAGAAAAGAGUGAGAGACAAAGAAACAAACCUAUCUAAGACACAACUAUAUUUACAGUCCGGUAGGACGACAAUGGAAACCUAGAGUUUGACAACAACAGAAGGAAGCAAAAUCUGCUGGGACAGGAGUGCUAAGAAAGAUUGGCUUCCGCUGGGCUUUGUUUGCUUUUCUUUCACAACCAUCCUCUGGUUCAUGCUGGUUUUCUUUUUUGGUUAGGCGAUAUUUCUUUCUUUCUUACAUAGUGCUAGCAUACAGGCCCUGCAUACUCGGCUAAUGCUGCUUUCUCAUACUGUAAAUAUGGGAGCACUUCAUAUCUAGAGUGUUUUGCUGCAAAAUCUAGUGGACUCGUUUUUCUUGAUGAUAGAAGAAA